AUGGUAAAGGAGCGCAUAUACAGGUUCAAACCUGGCUCCAAGAGAAUGCAGAUGCGCGAGUAUUUCGGCUUGAUAAACUCCGAUUGUCUCCAUUGGCAGACGACCAUGUUUGUUUCCACCGAGCCCAUGGCGCUCUCUGAGCUGGUCGAGAUCUCCAAUGUUUCCAGUUUAGUCUUCUUGGGAGUAACUACACCUCACCCAGGCCGGCCGCGAAAUUUUGAUGACCGCCCAAUCAGUACGGUCACUGACCGUGUGAUCAAGUCCUGGAGCGAAAGAGCCCGUGCUGGCAAGGGGUUCAGAUACCUCCGCGACAUGGUUUUGGACCGUCAAUCUGAACUCACCCACAAUAUCUUUUCUUAUUUGGAUGCCUUUCCGGCUUUAUCCGUGCUAGUUCUAAGCGGAUGUCCGCAUAUCGAUGAGGAAGGCAUUCUGAAGGCCGGAGCACAGUAUGGAUGGCAAGCCAGCUCCUUGGAUCCCCAGUAUUAUUCUUUCGAAAGUCUCAAGGCCGGCCAUAUCGGCAAACGAGGGCCCAAAAGCUUGCUGGAUCGCUUCGGAAGUGAAACGACACAUGACAGGCUUCCGACUUUAUAUUUUCAUUUGGGAAACACCUCUCUCAAUUCUUUAUCUGACCAGCCGGACAUAUACCUUUUCUACAGAAAGCCAGGAAGUCCCAGCGGGAAGCAGGAAUUCACCGAAAAGGCGGCCAAUGUGUUGGGAGCGGAUCCCCCAUCGAGGACGGGCAAAUCAAUUCGAACACUGAAGGUUAAAGCUUCUAAAGAGCAGGAUAUUGUUGGGCUGCUUGCAGGCUUCAACUAA